AUGGCCGGCAAAGUUGGCGCGCCACCGCCGCUUGUGUCUUGUGUCUGUCAGUGUUGCCGGCGCGGCGCGGCGCACCGGUCUACCUACCGCGUAGCAGUGGAGCGAGCGCCCCGUUCAACAGCUUCACUGGCGGACGAUCUCAGCGCAGUAAACUCCGAGCCUACACACGGGACGCGGCCAUCAGCAUUGUAGACAAGUCGUCGAGUCGAUCUCAAGUGGGAUCUUCAGGGACGAGGAGUCGUAUCAGCAUGGCGGGAGGUGGGCCGUGCUCAGCAGGACGCAGUUCGGGUGGAAGUGGCAGUAGUGGCAGGUCGAGGAAUGAGCUGUGGAGCCUACUGACGGAGUACUUCACGCCCCGUCGCGAUUGUGGCGUUUCUCUGCCUUCUGGACCCUGCGGACUAAUUCACGUGAAAAAUAAGCGUGCUCAGCUUAUUGUAGACCGACGAGAGUACUUGCACAAUAGCAUUUGUUCGGACGAGGAUUGUGAAACAACCACGGAAAAAGUCUUUUACAAGAACCCAGAAAAGAGGGUCCCUUUAUUUGAAGGCGGAAAGCUCGGUGGACGACCGGAUGCCGCCCUUGCAGACAAAAUUAGAAAAUCCUUUAUACAAUUAGUCAACGAGUUUGCCGAUACAGUCAAACCAGGCAAAGAAGAAAACACUGAAAAUCAGCCUGUGCUAUAUGAAUCAUGUUGUGCGGGUCAUUGUGACGAGCUUAUCUAUUUGUUGGAGUUUGGAAAAAUAGAAGCUCUUGAUCGUUACCCAAAGGAAGAAUAUUGGAAGGUUAUGAGUUGCUAUCAUGGUGGUCAAGCUGUCGGGCACCACAUGUCUUUCUUUAUGUAUCAUAUUGUACAAUUCUUCAUAGGAACAAAGUUGUUACUGUACAAUAACGUUGAAAAUCCCCCCAAAUUGGAUUGGAUGUAUGAGAGUGCUUGUGAUGGUCAAACAUUCCUGCCAUACCAGCGGAAAAACUUGCAUUUGUGGAUGAAAGACUUGGACGCAACGACACAAAUGUGCAAAGCGACCUUCCGAUGCAUCUAUCUGUAUAUUUAUUUAAAACGUAAAUUUGAACCAGAGUUCAAUAUGGAAAAUGAUUGGAGUUUACAAUUAGGGUACGAUGAUAGAAUUUCAUUGCGUUGUUUUAGGUACAAGUAACAGUAAAGAUCAUCCUCUACCAGCGGUAAUCGAAUUGCACGGUUUACGAUUUCGAUAGUUUGUAGUUAAAAUUUUCCCUUUCCAAAAGUAAACUACUUUUAAGUGGUUCGGGGGCUUUGUUGAGAGAGUUUUGUGGUGACAACAAACGGGUCGGUCGUGACAACCAAACCACGAUCAACUACACCGAGUGUUAUUGACACAUGAAAAAUUUAGUUGAUUCAAAUAGGUUUGGUUACGACAGCUGAAUUCGACCCCUGAAAACUAAGGUCGAGAGGGUUUGGGGUCGUAGGCCUAUUUUUUCACGAUUUCGUGAGAUGCAUAGCCUGUCAUUGAAAAGAGAAUUUUCUUAUUCUGUUUCUAUUGAUAUGCAUCUCGCAAAAUCGACUAAAAAUAGGCUUACGACCAUACACCGCGACCCUAGUGAGAUCUGACCUUAUACCGCGGCUCUCCGAGUACCGACCUUCUACGAAAACCCUCUGAAGUAAGACCUUUUAGUUUUCAGUGGUCGAAUUUGUCCUUGCGUCAAUAAUACUCGGUGUAGUUGGCCGUGGUUUGGUUGUCACGACCAACCGGUUUGUUGUCACCUAAUUUUUUUGUGUGUGUGAACCGUGCAUGCGAUCGCCACUAAUCGAGGCCAAUAGUGAUACACGCAUCUGGCUGACAUUUUCAAGAACAUACUGUGAUAUUAGAAAUAAUUGAAGCCUCUUGGGGUCCAUAAUGUAUAGUUUUCACCUAUGGUUCCUGUGUGGCAUAUGCAUGUUUGUUAAAUGUCAACAGGCAGGCAAUCAGUAUAAUUAAAUCCGCAUCACCCAA